UUAAAAGUUCUCCGUUAAGUGCCGUCAAGAAACCUUGAUCGUGGGUGUGAGAUCUAAUCAGAUCUAAUCGCGAAAAUGGAUUUUAACGUGAAGAAGUUGGUGAAGGAUGCGGGAGCCGCCCUUAGCCGAGUUGUACAGAUGACAGAAGAAACACUGGGUACUUCAGAAAAGACAGAGUUAGAUGCACAUUUGGAACAUCUAGCGGAGAGAGCAAAUGCCACUAAAACAUGGACAGAGAAAAUAUUGCGGAACAUGGAAGCUGUGCUUACCCCUAAUCCUGGUAACAGGAUUGAAGACUUCUUUUAUGAAAAAAUUGACAAGAAAAAACCUAAUAGGCUGAGUAAUUUGGAAUAUGUAGGCACUGAUAUGAUAGAAGCUGGAAAUGAUUUUGGUCCAGGGAUAGCAUAUGGCAGUGCGUUAAUAAAGAUUGGCCAAUGUCAGCAGAAAUUGGGACAAAUAGAAAGGGACUUUAUAGGAACUGCUGCCAACUGUUAUAUACAACCUCUGAGGAAGUUCUUGGAUGGAGAGAUGAAAACUGUUAGCAAGGAAAUGGCAAUAUUGGCAAAUAAGAGACUGGAUUUGGACGCAUGUAAAAAUAGAGUAAGAAAAGCAAGAAGCAUGCUGGGUCAACAGAGUGAGUCUGGUGUAUCACCCGAAGUGUUACUCGAUCAGGCAGAGAGGGAGCUGAGGGUAGCGCAAUCGGAGUUUGAUCGGCAAGCGGAGAUUGUCAAAUUGCUGCUGGAGGGAGUUUUGAGUUCUCAAGCUGGACAUUUGCGAUGUCUACACGAGUUCGUAGAGGCGCAAACUCGUCACUACGCACAAUGUCACGCCGUUAUGCAAGAUCUACAGCGCGAGCUUGCCGGGGCGCGUCAACCGAGCCCUUUACUGAGAAUCAACAGCGAGGAAGUGAUCGAGUUAACUCCCUCGCCCACACUCCCUGUAAACUCACCUGUCUACUCUCAAAAUUCAUCUGUAACCACCGGAUCUACAGCUUAUGUUACUGCCACAUUUGACACUGAUAUCAGCAAAGUUUAGUCCAGCUUUUCAGACACAAUUGUUAAAGGAUUGUUACAAGUUCCAAGUCUAAUUAACAAUCUAAUUAAUAGAUCUAUGCUAAUUAUCAAUCUAAUUAAUAGAUCUAUGCUAAUUAUCAAAUAGUUUCCCCUUUUUCGAGUUGCGACGUUUGUUAAAGUUGUUCUACGUACGCUAUAAAUAGAGUUUAAUCGCCGCGAGCGUCACCCAAUCGUUCCAAAUUUGUUAUUAAAUGGAUAGUCUGAUACUUUGUAUGAGAUGAUAUGCAAUUAUAAUUGUAUAUUGAAGCAAGAGUAUAAUAGAACAGACGAAACAUUUUUUCUCGAUAGAUUUCUUUGUGAACGAUUUACGGCGAUUAAUGCGACCUACAAUCUUAUCAUCUUUUUUUUUCUUCUUCUAUCUCUUAUACAAUUUCCUUCGUAAUUGUACAGUAAUUGCUUUGAAUCGCCGUAAUUCGGCCGAGAAUGAUACCAUGGCAUUAAAGAGCAAUGGAUCUUCGACGCUGUAACAAUGUCAUGUAACAGUGAUGUAAUUGUAGAUACAUAUCACGCUUUUCUUGUUUUUAUACAAUAAUGUUUAAUCUGGCUGUAUUAUACUGUGGAGAGGGAAGAGAUUAAAUUUCCAAUUAUCCCAAAGCGGAUAUUAAAGUCUAACAAUAGUGCAUGUAAUUCUAGUAGAUUUAACAUAGAUAUACUUGUAAGAACAGACUCUCUAAGUAGCGGAAUAAGAAAUAUGCUAAUGGGAGACUCAAUCUCCUCAAAUUGCAUGUAUAUUGGUCUAAUCGACAUAAACGAGGUACUUAUUAUCUUGCUUACUGUCAAACAAUGACUAUGUAUAUAGAACUUGGUGCCUGUGGCUAUUUCUAGCAAAGUCAAUUUGUUUGGUUGGUAUAAAAUAUAAAUAUAUCGAUAUAUAUGAUAUAUCUAUAGUCUGACAGUUAUCUUGAUAAUUAACUUGGUGAACAUGUAAUCGAAGCUAUGUUCGUAAAUAUGUAUCCUAAAAAAAUAAUGAAAAAGUGCAUAUCGCGCACUUUGUUUGAAGCCUACUGCAUAUUCAGUUAUUAUAUCAGUACGAUUUUCCAUCUUUAUAUUGGUCAAAACGAAGUAAAAGUUCAGUUGUAAGAGAUAUUUCGCGGUAUUAAGAGAUUAUUCGCGGUAUAUUGUUCUCUUGAAAGCUCUUGCUCACGUUUGCUUAGUGUCUCCUCAUCGUUAUUAAAUACACCUUACUUCGUUAAA